ACAACCGCAGCACGGGAUGAGUUAUUAGAGUUUGUUAUCCAGAAUCAGAACGGGAUAUUUUUGGUCCUGCGUCUUGGUUGCUGAAUCCUACGACUACAGCCGCAGAAAAUGUUUUGGAAGAGACGGAGAGACGAGGAUGAUGUAGAUCGCCUCAACCGCAUCUGGACCAUGCUGAUCUUAGUGGUGAUAGGGAUAGCCGCCUUAGUCUACGUCUCUGUCUUCCCUGAUUCCGCCAUUACCUGUGUACCAAUGGAUGAGCAGACAAAACUCGAUACCUUACAAUAUGCUCUGAAAUACUGCCUCGAUGAAGGAUCAUUCUCGGAAUACCGUUAUAGUGAACUCAUAUUCUCCUAUCACACGUUUGUACCCCUGUUUAUGUUCUACCAGGCCUUUGCUUUCAUUGCACCCCAUCUCCUAGCACAGUUCCUGAAGAGACUCCUCGGAUCAGACUCCGAGUUCCUCUUCCUUUAUGCAGAGACCUACAAACCUGAGACCAGCUCGGAUGCGACCUUUAUGUCCCGAGUGGUAUCCCCACCAUCCCCAUGCGUCUUGAACACUGUGAUCUUCUUGUUAAAGAAAGCUCUGUAUCUCCUCAACUCAUUCAUCCAGUUAGUUAUAAUCGGAUUGCUUUUUUCACCAGAUAAACCUUUCGAGGCAAUCAGGGAUCAAUACUCCAAAGGCACAUCGGAGACUCCCUUUCCACGAUAUGGAAGAUGUAGAUUUGAUAUCAGAGGCAAAAGCACACAACACUACCAAUGUGCCUUUCACAUCAAUGCAGUGUAUCUCAAAGUGUACAUGUUCCUGUUCUACUGGCUUCUAAUCCUGGCAGUGGCGAACCUGGUUAGUCUUAUCGUGUGGAUCCUCUUACUCCAUGUUCCCCGGCUGACAUCAGGGAAGAUCAAGCUGUACACCCUCACAUCCCCUGAUAGUGAUUCGUACUCACUGGAGAAGCAAAACGUAUUUGUGAAGGAGUAUCUCGGGAUGGACUACCUGUUGAACCUUCUCCUGGCACAGUCCACAGACAGAGAACCUGUAGCUGCAGAUCUCACCAUGAAACUGUGGCAGUCCUACAAGCACACUCCCGCGCCUGACCUGGAGACGAGUCAGAUAUAGACAA